CCACGCCAAUCCAACAGCAUCCACAAUUCUUGUGCGUGAGGCGAUGUCUCCUGCUUUUUAUAGUUUGGCUUCAUCGAUAACUUUGCCUCAAUUUAUGCAGUGGCAGCUGUUUACGUUUUGAGGAGAAGUAUUUUUAAACCCGGAGCAUUUCACGCUUGAAGUGGUCCCUUCCUGGAACGCUUGUGUUUGAAACAUGAGCCUAUUUGGCGUGAUCGUCACCGGCCGUCUGGUGCAGACAGAUUUUCAAAUCGUCGAACAAAAUAAGUUUCUGCUCAACAUUCCGGAUCCUGACAGCAUUAAUCACAUAGUCGUAUUCAUGACCGGGACACAACCUUUUCCGGACGGACUGGGAGGUUCUGUUUACUUCAGCUGGCCCAGUCCUAACGCAGUGGGAAGCUGGCAGUACCUGGGUUUCAUAUCGAACGCAAAACCAAGCGCAAUUUUUAAAGUCUCGAAGAUAAAAGAAGAAUCCACGACUCCUCAUGCGUUCUCAGCUCACGGUUUCUCAAGCGUUGCCCAGAUUGGUAUUUCGGUGGAACCGCUCUCGCAGAUUGAGUUCCAGACGACGACUACAGCCACCCCAAAGGCGGUAGACUCCUACACCGAAUUUUGCACCAAAAUGCUGGAGAACUUGUUUAACUACUUGGCCUCAUUCAGUGCAUCACCACAGCAACUUGCCCCUCAAGCCAACGACACCUUUUUCCCGAUGCGAGCUUUGGAACAGUGGUACGGCAACUUCCAGCGGCGCUUCUCGCAGAACCCUAACUUCUGGAAGCAAAGUGCAUCUUGAGAGUGAUUUAAUCGUGUUGCAUUGUGACUUUCAUCAUGCUGGAACCAAGUAACGUUGUGCAGUAUUAACAACACAACUCAUUCCUAAUAUUAAUCAUUUAUGCUACAUGUGUUUUGAGCACAGACUAGUCUCCAUUAACAUGAAGCUCUCAGACGACUAUGGGAUAGCGUGGAUGCACUGUUAUUGACAUGCAGCUUACUUGAAAAUAAUAAAACUGAAGUCUGUUUG